AGGUAUAAAAGCCGCGCAUGACGUAAGCGCCCACAUUUCAAAUCUGGACGUUGUGCUGUGAAGACGUGACUGUGUUGUGAAGUGCUCCUCGAGUUCACCAUUGGGAAUUUUGCCUGUACGGAUUCAGGUGUGUAAUAUUUUCUGCCCUAUCUCUAACCAUGGGCUACCAUACAAAAGAGAAAUCUGUUGUUGACUUUUGCGAAAGUAAAACCGAAUCCCUCACUAACUGGGUUCGACAAGUUAAAAGUAAAUCUGUUAACGCCAAGACAAAGAGAAAGCGCGAUUUGAGGAUAAUCGCUAUUUUGAGUAACUCCCUAUUACGUGCUGAGAACGAACUUCUUAUGAAACAACGUGAACGUGCCAAGCGGUGGGCCCAGAUGCAAGCAGACCUCGGACUUAGCAACAAGGAGGAAGAAUUGGCCCGACAGCAGCGUGAAAAAAUCGAUAACCUAUGGAAGAACGAUCUUAGCGGUUUAGAUAACUUUUUCAAGGAAUUAGACAAUGUCAAACCUGUUCUAGUAAACUAAAAAUCUAGGUAAUGUAAAGCAAUUUUGUAUCUGUGAUAUACUAUGUAGGAUGUUUUUCUAAA